CAUCAGAUUAGACCUAAACUCCAUUAACUACCCCACCAGAAAGCCAACCCCAACCCCUGAUUGGCACCCCUAAUCCAAUGCUUUUCACUCACAAGCCACAAUCGGUUUGAUCAAUUUUUGCUUCUAUUUUUGAACAAAAAUCACAUAAACUGGCACCGUCACUUCCUAUUUAUGCCAGGCACUGUAUUUAUUGGUUAGCCAUUAUUGCCCACACAAAUACUUUCCAUUGCCCGUCUUUCUCCUUAAACCACUCAAAUAUCCAUGUUUGGUUCCUUUCUCUUAUCUAACUCCAUGUUUCCUUAAUCAUUUAUCAAUAAUAAAGAGGACAGUUGAACUGCUUUUGAGUUGUUUUUUUAAGGCUGUUUCCAGCAUGAAACAGAGUUCCCUGUUUCGUUUGUCACUGUUGCAAUGAAGUAUAUCCGAACCAACACCUUCAAAUGGUUGUUCUCGUUGAAAAGACACAGUUUUGAAGAAUAUGUUGCAAACCAACAUGGGGUUUUUGAUGAAGAAGACAACAGCAAAGAGAGCUUCAAGAUUGUUUCAGUUGCAGAGCAUUCUCAGAGACCUUCUUGGAGAUGCUUCUCCUUUGAAGAAAUUUUUGUUGCCACCAAUUCUUUUAGCUCAGAUAAUUUAGUAGGGAAAGGAGGGUAUGCAGAGGUAUACAAAGGAGUGUUAAAGGAUGGGGAAGUGAUUGCAGUGAAGAGGCUAACAAAAGCUUCAACUGAUGAAAGGAAAGUGAAGGAUUUCUUGACAGAAAUUGGAACUAUUGGUCAUGUCUGCCACCAAAAUGUAUUGUCACUUUUAGGCUGUUGCAUUGACAAUGGCCUUUAUCUCAUCUUCCAGUUCUCUUCCAGAGGCUCUGUUGCUUCUCUUCUCCAUGAUGUGAAUUUGCCGCCAAUGGACUGGAAAACACGGUAUAAGAUUGCAAUUGGUGCUGCAAGAGGACUCCAUUACCUGCAUAAAGGGUGUCAAAGAAGGAUAAUUCACCGUGACAUUAAGUCUUCAAACAUUCUAUUGACUGCAGAUUUUGAACCUCAGAUAUCAGAUUUUGGACUAGCAAAAUGGCUUCCUUCUCAAUGGACACACCAUUCUAUUGCUCCAAUUGAAGGGACAUUUGGGUACCAUAUUCUACAAACCUUUCCUCUUUUCUUUUCUUUUCUUUUCUUAUUGAAUGAUUUUAAAAGGAUAUGCUAUAUGUCAUGUAGGCAUUUAGCCCCUGAGUACUUUAUGCAUGGAAUUGUGGAUGAGAAGACAGAUGUGUUUGCAUUUGGAGUUUUCUUGUUGGAGAUUAUUUCAGGAAGGAAACCAGUUGAUGCCUCUCACCAAAGCUUGCACUGCUGGGCAAAACCACUCUUGAACCGAGAGGAGAUUGAGAAAUUGGUAGAUCCAAGGCUCCAAGGGGCCUUUGUCAUUUCACAGCUAAAAAGACUUUCAUUCGCGGCAUCCCUCUGCAUUCGAGCAUCUUCAGCAUGGCGUCCUACCAUGAAUGAGCUUUUGGAAGUUCUUAUGGAAGGGGAUACUGAUAAAGAGAGGUGGAAAAUGCCAGAAGAAGAGGAACAAGAAGAAUUAUGGGGCUUUGAAGAUCUUGAAUAUGAAUGCCAAAGUUCUUUCUCAGUCUCUCCAGAAGAUUCAAUCUCUACUAGAAGUUCUUAGAGGGAAAAAUAGUCCAUGGUGCUUGACAAAAUCCUAACCACUGCUAUUGUAAUGUGUUAAUGUAAAUACAAAUAUUUUGCAAUUAUAAAUACAUAUAAAGAGUGAACUGUUGCAACAAAACUUCCCCUUCAAGAUUAGAAACUCCAACAGGAAAAGGGUAGAGAAAAUGUUAAAUGGAUGGGAAGUAAAGAAUAAAAAAGUGCAAAACUAGUCAUGCUAUUUUGUCUGACAUUUCAACUCUUACUACUCACAAAAAUG